CCUUUUUUUUAGGUGGCAGCAAGUCGGUACCGCGAAGUCAAAACAUUUGGAUCAGUGGUGAUAAUUUGUGAGCUAACAUUCAACUGAGUGUCGAAGACUAAAAGCAGCUAUGUUGGCAUUAGCAAAAAUUCAACCGAUUAGCGAGAAUGUAAACAACUUAAAAGAGACCUUGAACGAAAUGCCAGAAAACAUGCGUCUAUUCUCAUUGUCAUUGCGAGUCCUUUUUUCGAAACAAACCGAUGUUAGCGGCGAUAGUGAUUCUGCUAAAAAGUUCAGAAGGCUUCGAGACGCCACAAAGGAAGACGCCAUGGUGUAUUUGCGUACGAACCUGCCGAUGACGACUUACUUUGUACGCUCCAUUGAAAAAUAUUUCGAAAAGUACGAAUCCUUGUCUUUUGAAGAGUGGGGUGAGACGCUGCCGGAAAUCCUGGAAGAAACGAAAGUCCAUAAGAGGCUUGCACAUGAAAUGUUGGAAAAGUACGAAAAGCUGAUGGUUCCUCUCAAGAAACGCGAGGAUGAGGCUCGAAUGAUCAUGAAAGAGUUCAAAGACCUACAAAAAGAUUAUGAUCGUCAGAAGCAAGAGUUAGAAGCGACGGCACAGAAAAAGAAAAGAUGGGCCUAUGGACUUGCUUUUGUUCCUGGUGUGAAUUUGAUCGCGUCUCCCUUGCUGGGAUUGUCUUCAAAAGGAGAUAAAUCCGAAGCGAAUUCAAAGAUGGUUUUAUCAAAAGUAUCUGGAGCCUCGGCGCUAACUGUGGCCGAAACCCUUUUACCUGCACUGACCAGCUUCGUUGAGGACUUGAGAAAUGCAGCAGGAUUCUUCUCCACCAUGGAACAGGAGUUAGAAUCGUUCGAAGGCAAAGCAAAGAAAAGUGAAACAUUUCGCAAAAGGCUCCACUACAAGGCAAUGUGUAACGCAACGAAAGAGAUGAAAUCAAUUUGUCGAUCAUUUUACAACGUUCUUCCAGCCGUUCUCAACGACUUGAGCGAAAUUCCGUUUGUCGGCAACGACAACAACUACGUCGAAAGAUGGCUGGAAGAAAAUCUUGGAGAGAUUGCAUUAACUAGAUAAUGAGCUAAUGAUGAUGAUUUUGAAGCCAGCUUUGCUUAAAAAUUAAAGCGGUUAAUUACUAGGUAAUUAGGCAGGACAGCAGGAUAAUUAUAUAACUUGGUUUAUACGGAUGCAUUACAUUUGGGCAUUUUUA